CAACGACCUCCAGCGCGCGCGGACAGCCGACGCACCGCGGGCCGCUGCCACUGCCGCUGAGGACCAGUGGACUGCACCACCCUCCACGCGCCUGUCCAGCCCGCCAGCCAAUCGCAACGCCUCCUCACGCACGUGACAUACACCGACCAAUGGAUGCCCGAGGUGCCCAUGAGGCACAGGCGGCCCUCGGGGCUUUCAGAUGGGCGCGGGCUGUCGAGGGACCGCACAAGGACCGCGAGGGGACUGAGAAGCUGUGAGGCUCGCGUGGAGGCCUACUCCCCGUGGUCCCAGGAUGGAGACUGCCUGGAAAGGAGGAGGCGGAGUAAGCAGCGUCCUGCAGCCUCGGGGCCAGUGCCACGCGAGCGUGCCUGUCACCCAGCAGCUUCCCACUCUUCCCCGCCUGGUGCUCUCAGACCAGCUCUUCGAACCUCCUGGUUUUCAGCUGGCCCCAGGUUUGAUUUUUCCUCAUCACUGAAGACACAGUAACAGAGGACGUCUAGUUCUACAAAGAUAGCAGAAAGAAUACUUCAUUCAGAAGCCUGUCAGCCAGAGGGCUGUGCAAAAAAGGCUGCUGGUGUGCCUGGCCUUCCUGGUGAAGUGUGUGAGAUUCUCCAAAUAUAUUCUUCUGAGCUUCAGGAGAGCUGUGCCCCCAUCUUUCUUGCCAUCCAUGGGACAGUGGGCAGUUAUCACUGGAGCAGGUGAUGGGAUUGGAAAAGCAUAUUCAUUUGAGCUAGCAAGACGAGGACUCAGUGUUGUACUUAUCAGCCGGACACUAGAAAAACUCCAGACGAUUGCCACUGAGAUUGAGUGGACUACAGGGACAAGUGUGAAGAUUAUACAAGCAGAUUUUACCAAAGAUGACAUCUAUGAAUAUAUUAAAGAAAACCUUAAAGGCUUAGAAAUUGGAAUCUUAGUCAACAAUGUAGGAAUGCUUGCAAGCCGUGUCCCAAGCCGUUUCCUUUCCACACCAGAUGGAAUCCAGAGCCUCAUCCAUUGUAACAUCACUUCAGUAAUCAAGAUGACACAGCUGGUUCUGAGACACAUGGAAUCAAGGGGGAAAGGUCUCAUUUUGAACAUUUCUUCAGGGGCAGCCCUCCGUCCUUGGCCUCUGUACUCCUUGUACUCAGCUUCCAAGGCUUUUGUGUGCACGUUUUCCAAGGCGCUGCAAGUGGAAUACAGAGAGAAAGGAAUCAUUAUCCAGGCGCUGACACCGUUUGCUGUUUCAACCUCUAUGACAAAUCACCCAGACCCCAGCAUGAUGACCAAAAGUGCUGAUGGAUUUGUUAAAGAAUCACUGAAUUAUGUCAUGGCUGGAGAUGAAGUUUGUGGUUCCCUGGCCCAUGAAAUCCUGGGGCAACUUCUGAACCUGAUUCCGUCUUGGAUCUUCUACAGCGAGGCCUUCCAGCGGCUCCUCCUGAUGUCCCACUCAGCUACUGUAAGGCAGAACCUCAAGGUCAGCUAAUGUGGGCCGCGCACUAGAGGCCAGUGUUGCCUCUCUUCCUGGUGUUUUUCGUGGGCUGACAAGAACCAGAGGAACUAAGUGGAACCCUUCACCUCUCCAAAGCUGGAAGUGGCCAAUGUCACAGACACUGACUUACAAUAUAUAUUUUUGGGGCCUUUACUCCAGUCUGGAGAUUUUUGGGAAAGCUGUGGUGUGCAAAUGUGUUGUACAGUGGAUUUUAAGGUUCCAUGUGGGAGGAGAGGAGGGCGUCUAUGGGUAACACUGGAAGAAUUUCUAUAGGGAGCUCAUUAAAUAAA